ACCAGGAGACCAUAAUCUUGUACGGGUGACGGUUCAGAAGGAUGUCUGUGUUGCCACGUGGCUACGAAUGCAACCGCCCAUGUCCCAGAUACGGGUGCGUUACAGGAGAAUGGAGCGUAUACUACAAGCGACCUCGGUGUGGCCAGCCGCGACCUCAGCCCUUCCAGAGAGAAUGUACGCCGUGCUGCUUCGGACCCUCUAAUGCACCGUGUGAAAGGCCGUGUUGCUACGACUAUCCGUGCAAAGCGCAUUGCUUUAACCACGGCGCGUGUACAAGACCUAGUGGUAGAUACGCUCGCACUGUGUGGUACCCAGGCGAGUGCUGCCCCAGGGUGCCUCCAUGCCAGGCGUUUACAUGUCCCAACCCGCCUUACCACCCGUGCUGCUACCACACGUGCAACAAGCAUUUCUAAAGUAUUGUGUUCACGUGUAAGUGUUGUUGAAAAAUAUAUCUGCGCGAUUACAUAAGAAAAUUUUUGAAAGUUUUUGACGUAUUUGUAUUGUCGAGCUUUCCCAACCCCUAUUUCGAAUGAAAAAUUAUGUAAUGACGUGUGAAUUUUGUAUUAUUAAAAUUUGAAGUAUGGAUACAUUUUAUAUUAAUGAUUAAAAUUUGAAUUAGGCUAUUUUGAGAGCUCGAGUUCACGUCAGUAGUCAUUCGUUACAUUUCCAUGCGAAGUGGGGCAGGAAAUCACUUCGUGAACCGUCAUCUGUUC